UUUUGCAUUUCUUUUUUCAUUGAGAACCUAAAGGAAUGAAAAAUGAAAAUCAAUUAAAUCCCUAACGCCCAAAAUUCAUCUCUAUUUUAUGGAUCAAUUACUCUGGUACUUCAUCGACUUCAUAUUCUUUCUGUAUUGACUGCAACUCGACAACGAUCCGUUAUUUCUACAAUAAAUUAAUGAAGAAAACCAAUGACGUUGAGGCGUUGUUGCAGCUGCAUAGAUGUUGUACUUCUUCUUCUUCUUCUUCAUCGCCACUCGUUAAUGGAAUUGGAAUCACUGGGCAUGCCUUUUCUUUUAAAACUGAAGAAGCCAAAAGUUAUGCCUCAAGAUUCUCGAGGCAAAUAACGUCCAUGAACGAGCUACAUAAACAUCAUGAAUGCCAUUUCAAAUUCGACUCUGCAAAUAUAAAGUACCAAAGCGGGAAGCAGAAAGGCAGUGAAGAUACUUUAGAUAGACGACUCUGUGAGAAACUCAAAGUUGGAGGCACAGACAGCUUUGAACCUCAUUCAAGUGGUAAAAAGAAAACAUAUUGGGAAGCUGCCAUUAAGAUAAUGCAAGGCAUAUAUCUCAUGAGACUAGUGGCGAGGUAUAUAUGAUAUGGGAAGCCAAACAACUAUUCUUCGGAUAGUAAGCCAGAGAUUAAGUACUUGUUCAGAUAUCUGGCAUGUGAAAGAUUUCAUCAUGAUCAAGAUUUGGAGAAACUUUAAUGGCGCCAUUUAUUGUAUAGUAUUGUAGUAAUUUGAUAUUGAUAGUUAUUAGAGGGCAAAUCACACUAUUUAUCAGAUUCAAAUAGUUUACCUUUUUGGUUAUGUUGUUGACACUUUGAAAUUAUGGAUUAGUAGAUUUUGUUGUGAAUUUGAUGAAGUGUAUUAACAUUUUGAGAAUGAAUCUUAUUAUAAUUGAACUUGAAUA